UUGCUAAAUUUGCAAACAAGAAAACGCAAAAGAUAUUUGCUGCUAGUUGCCCAGCAAAGUUUUCAUCGUUGAAGAUUAAAGUUAUAUCGUUUAGUGUUAUAUAUAUAUUCCUGCAUAUUAAUGCUAAUUGUGCUGCGCUCGAACAUAACACAAAACACGACUGGCAUCGCCUGUGUGUGAUUAGAAGUAUAAACAAAUACAGGAGCGAUACGCAUACACACAGAAGCAUUAAAAGCCCUCCCCCGUGCUCGUUGUUGCAGUCCUACAUUCCUGCUCCCUAGUUGAAGCCAAAUUACAGAACAAAUAAAAUUAAAGAAAAACGGUCCCAAUAUGACUGCAGCACCUUACAACUACAACUAUAUAUUUAAGUACAUCAUCAUUGGUGACAUGGGCGUGGGCAAGUCCUGUCUGCUGCAUCAGUUCACCGAGAAAAAAUUUAUGGCGAAUUGCCCGCAUACGAUUGGCGUUGAGUUUGGCACACGGAUCAUUGAGGUGGAUGACAAGAAGAUUAAAUUACAAAUAUGGGAUACGGCUGGUCAGGAACGUUUUCGUGCUGUGACACGUUCGUAUUAUCGUGGUGCAGCUGGUGCUUUAAUGGUUUACGACAUAACCAGGCGCUCUACAUAUAAUCACUUGAGUAGCUGGCUAACCGAUACGCGUAAUCUCACAAAUCCCAGCACGGUGAUCUUUCUAAUUGGCAAUAAAUCUGAUUUGGAGAGCACACGCGAGGUAACCUAUGAGGAGGCUAAAGAGUUUGCUGACGAGAAUGGUCUCAUGUUUUUGGAAGCCAGCGCCAUGACUGGCCAAAAUGUGGAGGAGGCAUUUUUGGAGACGGCACGUAAGAUCUAUCAGAAUAUCCAGGAGGGUCGCCUGGAUUUAAAUGCAUCCGAAUCGGGUGUACAACAUCGACCAUCGCAGCCGUCGCGACCAUCGCUCAGCAGCGAGGCAACGCAUGCCAAGGAUCAGUGCUCGUGUUAAAUGUAUUAAAUUUCUCUAGACACACACACACAUACACAUAUAUACAUAUAUAUAGUUAUAAAAAUCGAAAUUUAAUUUUUAGCGCAACUCGUAAUCAUAUUGAUUUCUAAUCUAUCUAAAACAACAUGCAAUGAGUAGAACACAAAUCAAAACUAAACAAAAGAAUACAAUGUAUGUAUGUAGUUAAAUGAUUGGUUUAAGUCGUGAAAAAGUGUGAACAAACAACCAAAAUAUAUAUAAACGUCCCCGACAUUCAGAUAUCUGUGUAAUAUCUAAUAAGCUACUGAUAGAAAAAUGAAUAAUCUACAUUCAACUGUUGCAUUAUGUUCUAAUUGCAAA